AUGAUGCUCAGGGUAGCAACCAAACAGCCCGUCAUCCGGAAAGUUUCAAUGGAGAGGACUGGUAUCCCUAAUAAUAAAGGGAGUAAUGUUUUCGUCGUUGGUUUUGGUACGUCGCAGCCGGCGGCGGCGCAGGAACUGAAGGCGCUGGCGUUGGGCCUCGACGUAAGCCGCAUCACCUCCGGUGACGUCCUCGCCGACGCGUUCCACGACCUCCGGCAAGCCCUCUCCCUCCCGGUGCUCCCCGCCCACGCCGUCGAGGGCUUAGCACUCUUCUUUGACGACCGCCUAUCGCGGAUCCACGCGCGGGACUGGUUCUCCGACGUGCUCCCCCGCCUCGCCCGUCUCCUCUUCCCCCUCCCCGCUCUGCUCAAGGACCCAUACACCAGCGCCAGAGGUGGUGGAGACCGGGCGCUCGGGCUCCGCCUCCUGGGACCGCAGGACAUGGGACUCGUGCUCCUUGGGCAAGAGCUCGCUGCCACGCUGCUCGCCUGCACGCUUUUCAAUCUGGUUUCCCACGGCCGGUCAGAGCCAGGCGCCUCCGGUGGCGCCCACGAGCCCAUUACUAUGCUGAAUCGGGCCGGCGAGGCCCCCAAUCGCGCCCCCGAUGUCGCUGCCAUCGGCUCCCUCCGCCAUCGAUUUUGGCCGGUGCGGCCGUCUACGAGCUCCGGUGUGGCGCCCACAGCUCCGCUUUCGACCACCUGGUGGCCAUCGCGUGUGGCGGGCACAGAAGGUGACGGGCGUGGGGAGAAGAAGGCAUGAGACCACAGAAGGAGGAAGAAGAAGGCGAUUUGUGCUGGCAGGUUUUAUUGUUUGGCUAUAGCUCUUGCGCUUGUUUUAAUCUUCUCGGUUGUUCACCAUACUGCAUAUAUUCUGGUAGGUUCGCGGUACAUCAUACCAAGGCUUGAGUUGUUCAAAUAAAUUGAUGUAGACCGAUCUAAUGAAGUAUGAAGUGCUAUAUUUGGUGUA